CUCUUAUGGGAAUAUCACCAUAUGUAGCUCUUAACCGUAUGAGUGUGUCCCAGGUGUUGCUAUUAUAGAGUUGUUGUGAUGGAGUGUCGAGGUUGCUGGGACAACAAGAGGAAGUGGAGUGAUAUUUUGAAAUCUCAGUAUUUUAAGGGUUCCACAAAUUCAAUACACGACAGUCAGUCCGCAAGAACUGCAUAUGAAAAACAACCAUAUUCAAGACUCUCAAACGAGAUAAUUGGAACAUGAAAAGGCAAGCAUUUGGCUGAGCAGUGAAUCUACAUAUGUACAACGUGUCUUCCUCUUGAAAUGGUCCAAGAUGAGAGUGAUUUCUGCUUAUUUGGACCCCACAAAUCCCACUUUGAAGGAAAGAAUGACAACAGGUAGAAUAGAAAAAGUUAGGUUUAAUACACUUUCCAUGUUAUUUAAUCAUUUUAACUACUAUCAUAUUUAUUUUUUAUUCAUAGGGGAAUGCAUUUGAUAUAUUGACUUUUCACGAUUAGAGCUAUUUGAUUUAAUAAAUAGUUUAUGACUUAAAAAAUUUCUAAAAUUGCAAAUGUGCUCCUUAAUUAGCUGAUGUUUGCAGAUAUCGACUCGCUCUUUUGAGAGCUCUUUUCCUAGGGUGCGCCGCUAGGUUUUCCUUUCGAUUUCGAUCUCACCGAUCAAAGAUCGAUUCCUAUGUUUGUUUCGAUUUUACACACAGAGACUACCGUCUACCGGCGGCCGGCGAGAGUCGUGCGGUUUGGUUGUGGCGACGAUUACCGUAAAACAAAUAUAGUAAGCAGUUUUGGAUCGUGAUCUUGCUCGGGUUAUGGACUCAUCACUUGUGCCACUGGUUUCGAUUGGGAAGGUAAGCAUGGAUUAUGGGUUCAUUCGGGCUAUAAUCAUAGGGAUUAAGAAGAUGCCAGUGGAAAUUGUGGUGGUGGGUUUGCAAGGAAUGUUUCAAGAUGAAUGGUUAAUGAUCCGCCCCCCUCUCGAGCCACCGCCGAGGAUGAUGUAUGAAACAUGGAUUCGGUUGCUCUGUCAGUUUAUUUUAUUAACUUUCGUUUUAAUCCACGGUCAGUCUAUUAUGUUUUGUUUUUACUCCUUUUUUUGCUGUAAAACUCUUGCAUUAGGUUUGGGGGUUGAGAGGUUUACCGUAAUCGCCGUUAGCUUUAAUUUUCCCAAGUUAGGUCUAGCGAGUUAUAUUGCUUUGUCAAAGGUGAUUAACUCAGAGUCUCGGCCAAGGGCUGAUGAUUACAUGUGGUCCUUUCACGUUCUUGUACCCCUGCUGAAUACUAUUUUAAUGAUAUAAGCACCUUACGAUAAAAAAAAUAGUUUUU